AUGACGUCCAUCGAGUUUCCUCCCAUUCCUGAAGGCCAAUUCGAGCUGUAUGCCGAUCUUUACGCCAAAGAAGGACGGGCGGAUGACCUUGAGACGUAUCUCCGGAAACUGGUCCGCCUGACGGAGUCCGAGCCAGGAGUUUUGGAAUACGCCAUAGCCCGCGACAAGGAAAAUCCCAACCACUUUCACGUCUUCGAACGCUAUACGGGGAGAGCGGCGUUCGAGCAGCACAUAGCGGCACAGGAGUUUGUGGAUUUUGCCAAUUCUGGCGCCCUUGCACAACCCCCGAAACCAAAAUUCCUCCAUGCAUUAAAGCCGCUAUGA